AUCCUAUGUACAUGUUGAGUUUCAGCUGAUCUGUCUUGCAGUAUUUUGAUUUUAUACGAAGCGCUCGGACAGCGAACAGACAGACGCUGUGCUACGUGGCAGGUUUCCCUAGGUUCAUUGCGAUCCCAACUGUCUACCAGGUUUCACAAUCACAUUCCGUCCUUUGGUUGUUUGGUCACUCAGCAGGUCCAUCAAGCGAUAACAACGGUAUCCCAUCUUGUUCUACCCUUACCACGAUGGCCAUGAACAACAACUUGAAACACUCACUCCCACCGCUCCCUCCCAUCCAAGGAGAGCUCAUGCUCGACGUAUAUACGCAUCGGGCUAUGCUGAGUAAAGACGUCGACGAGAAUACCGUGCAUGGAAAUACCGAGCGAUUGGCUGAGCUGGGUAGCUCGGUGCUCAGUAUGCUCGUCGUGUACACGUUAUACUCAGAGAAACCGAUGCUUCCUGCCCAUGAUCUCAAAAAGCGCCAAGCCGAUGUGCUAAGCGACAAGAACAUCGGAGACUGGCUUUCUCUUUACGGACUAAAGGCUAAAAUUCGUUGCACAGACAAAAGUGUCCUUGACAGACCCGAAGAAGCUCGUUUCCUCUUCAAUUGUUACGUCGGCGCCGUGUACACUCAGAAGGGCUUGCAAGAAGUCAUGAACUGGAUCGGACGCCUUGUCAACCCUUCCUUGGAGCCUCCAGCAGUCCCAGGGGAUACAUCCAACAAUCAGCCCGCUGCGACGCCGCCUCCACCGCCUCCAACGUAUUAUUCUCAGCCUCCACCCCCCCCUCCACCAAGCACUGCGCCACCUCCGAUGCCAUCGAUGCCGCCGCCCGCUCCUUCUCAGGGUGUGCUUGCAAUAUUCAAUCAGACUUGCAUGCAAAGAGGACUAACAGUAGAGUGGAAACCGGAGAUGACCGGACCACCGCACAAUCCGAGAUGGGAAGUGAAGUGUAUUGGUGAGCUUUAACCUUGUUUAAUGUGCUUGGUUAUCUGAGCAACUUGGAAGUGAGCGGUCAACAUCGUGGAACUGGGGCAGGUAGAAAUCAGAAGCAGGCAAAGGAGCAAGCUGCAACGGAGGCAUAUCAGUAUAUGCAGGCUACAGGUUGGGGCCUCCUCUAGCCACAAGAGCGUGACACUAAAGAGACGGACUUAUAUCAACGGAAUGUAUCAGUAUAUCAUCUGAGUCUUCUGUAUUCAUAUAAUUUUCUACCCUUCGACUACGCUAUGCCUCUUUUUCUUUUCAAAGCCUCCUUCAGUCCACAAUAUUGUUCCCACUGGUUGGGCAGUUUUAUUUGUAUCAGUUGACCGGAUACCAGGGUCACUGCCCAAUACCUUUUCAAUAUAAAUUAGGUUCUUCGAUA